AUGGCGUCGGCGCGAAGACUGUCCAAAACCGAACCCUUUCCCUCGUAUACCCCCGACAAUGACGAGGCCAGCGAGAAGCCUGUCGACAGCACAAGGGACCCAAGUCGACGACCCUCGAUCACCUCCCGCCUCUCCAAAACCCCGUCUCAGGCAGUCUCGUCCCUGCGAACCCGCGCCCGAACAGGCUCCCUGAGCAAGUCCUUUCUCGAGAGCAAUCCUCCCCUGGGCAUGUGGCAGGCCACGGCCGAAAUUGGCUCCAAGAUCCCUACGCUGCCAGAAAUUAGGAACGGUGCCUUUGCCGAUGAGGGAUGGACACAUGAGGGCCAGAUGGAGCAUCGAGGGACGAACCCGCAUGAGAUCCACGCACGAAGAGUCGCCAGAACCAGCUCUGCGAGUACCAGGACGAGGAAGAGUUCGGUUUCCGCCAAUGCACCUGCUGUGAUUGCCGAAGAAACACAUGAAUACUUCCCAAAAAGAGCCCCAGCGACGGUGCAGGCGGCGCCACUGUUUGAGGAGGAAUCUUCAACACAACCAUCGGAACCUCGUCAUGCUGUAGCAGAAGAGAUUGGCCGACUCGAUGGCACGGACAGUUAUCCUGGGACGCCUCGAUUCUCGGAACGAAGUCCUUCCACCAAGAGACUUUCGAAGACACGGAAACCCUCAAUCUCAGAAAAAACGGAUUCGAGUUCGAGGAGAGGCGAGUCCGUACCACACUCAAUCGCAACCAGCGGGCCGCAAGUAGUACCCGUCGCAAGUGGCCCGGACGAGACAGGCACGUACCCGAACGGCUACCGCUUCCCGAAGAAGCACACCUGGACCCAAUCCAUCAACAUCGGUCUCAAAGCCUACUGGCAAUUCCUCAAGACGCCGUUCGGUGUCAUCGUCACCAUCUACGGUCUCAACGUGGUCGGCUGGGGCGCAAUGAUCUUCUUCGUUCUGCUCAAAGCUGCACCUGCCAUGUGCCAUCCUUCGUGUGAAGACGACAGUAGUGCCCGGCAGAAGUGGAUCGAAAUCGACUCGCAAGUGUUGAACGGUCUGUUCUGCGUGACAGCCUUUGGUUUACUGCCCUGGCGAGGCAGAGAUUUCUACUACCUCAUGCGCUGGCGCCUCGGGGGCAAUCAAGCCUAUCACCGGAAAUUGGCGGGUAUCUAUCGAGGUUGGUACCGACUCCCCGGCUCGGACAAACUAGAAGAACACGUCGGGCCUCCCCCAGCGCAACCGAAAAAGCACCCGGCGACCACAACAGCCGAAGCUCCACCACCAUAUACAGCCGAAGAGAUCACAAAACUAGAGGAAAACCCUGCGAUUCCGCUCCCCGCCACGUCCAUGCCCGAGCCGCCCCUUACGGGAAUUCGGGCUCCCCCUAGUCGAUCGUGGACCCUCGAUGCCGUUAUCUGGCUGUACAUCUGGAACACCAUCUUCCAAGUCCUGCUCUGCGUAUGGAUGUGGAAUUGGAACCGGUUCGAUCGACCCACCUGGGGCACCGGCGUCUGGAUUACCCUAGGCUGCUUGGUCGCCAUCUUCGCUGGACUCGUCGCCUUCCGGGAAGGCGUGCGCGUGAAGAAAAUCGAGGGCAUCCCCGUGCAGGAAUACGACGUCCUGGAGUCUGUGGAGGAUUAUCAGGAGAGGAAAGCGAAGGAUGAUGCCAAGGAAGCAAAGAAAUUGGAAAAGCACGAGCACCAUCGGCAUUUCAGACACGGGGACACUCACAAAAUCGUCCAUUCCGAAAAGUUGAAGGGACAUGAAUGGUUCACUCGCCAUUAA